UGGCCGGCCAGGGUGUCUGUCUCUCCAGGCCACACUACAAUGUCCUCUACAGACAUGCUGCUCCAAUGGGAACCACAGCUAAGGAAGAGAUGAACAAGUUUUGGUCCAAAAAUGCCAAGUUAAACAGGCCGAUGUCUCCUCAUCUCACCAUUUACAAAUGGUCUGUCCCCAUGAUGAUGUCGAUCACACACAGAGGAACUGGAGUGGGACUCAGUGGAGCUAUCUCGGCCUUUGCCUUGGCAGCGCUGGUAUUGCCGGGCAAUUACCCCUACUACCUGGACUUGAUCCACUCGCUAUCUGUCGGCCCCUAUCUCAUUGGGUUGGCCAAGUUCGGGAUCGCCUUCCCCGUAUCUUACCACACCUAUAACGGCAUCCGCCACUUGUGGUGGGACAUCGGCAAAGGCUUCAGAAUCCCAGAAGUCUACCGCACCGGCUACACAGUCAUUGCCCUGUCCAUCAUCACCUCCAUAGCGGUGGCUUCACUCUGAGCAGACAACGAAGAGAUGAGCAGAAAGGAAAUGAGAGGAGGGGGUUGAGGGGAAUGUGGACUGGAUUCACUGUGGGAGUUUUGUGUAUAUGUUCUGUUCUGGCCUACUGCAGGCCCCAUUUCAUCAGAGUAUUAAAUAAAGGAUUAUAUUAUGCUGUA